CAUGUUGCCCCACAUGGAUUAUCUCCUCUGGGCUGUAGUGAGGGCGGAAAGCGUAUUGGCUCAUCUGUGCGUCAGUGCGUUUUAUUGACUCUCAACCUGAACUGUUUGACUCGACACAGACAGAACGACAGCAGAAGCUCCUGCCAUCAUGUCUGUGAGCGAGAAUGAAGCCAGCCUUUUUAACGCAAAUCAUCCAGAAGCUCUUGCUUUGGAGCUUACAUGCCCCAUCUGCUUGCAACUAUUCUGCGAGCCAGUUUCUCUCCCCUGCGGUCACAUCUAUUGCUUUGGCUGCCUUCAGACCAUGGGAGAAGGCCUUGAUCAACACAGCUGCCCUGAGUGCCAGGCUGAGUACCAGGGAACCAAAGCCCUUGUGAAAAACUUCAAAAUGCGCAGCAUCGUAGAGACCUACAAAGCCACUGCUGAGAAAAUCCUCUCCGCUCCAAGCCUGUCUGAUGUCGGCCAUGUAACAGUGAAGAGUAAUGAUAGCUCUCCAACAGCAGAGUCAGAUGCAAAAUACCCCCAAAGCUUAGCGGCAACUGAAAAGAGCCAAGAGGAGAGUGCAGAAUGCAAGGCACAGGAUGGCUUUCAGAUUGGGUCUGGAUCCACACAGCACCCAUUUUCUUUGGAUGAAGAAAAAGGCAGUUGCAAAGGCAAAAUGGAAAUGGAUGAAGCUAAGUUUAAACUGGCAUCUCAAGUCACUGAAUUGAACCUCAAGUUGGAGAUGGCAGAGGGUGUCCUGAGGAAAGAAAAGGGAUGGGAGCUGGAGGUGACAACGGCUAAUGCUCAGCUGAGAGAGAAAGCAUCCAAACUGUUGGGGCAGAUUAGGGAUUUGUCACAGAGCUACAGUGAGCAGGUGACACAGAUGAUUGAAGAAGAGUUAGGACCAGGUGAGACCAGUGUUUUCAGUCGAGUCAGUCAGGCCUCUGAGCUGACUAGGCAGCUGAGGCAGGCCAUGCUGAGGGCUGAGUCCUUGCUGACUGAAGAAGAUGAAACUGCAUUUAGAGACGAGCUUCAAAAUCUGCAGCCACACGUUCAAGAAUUAAUGGCAAAACCAGUUGGAGAAGAGGAAGACUUUGUUGCAGUGAAAGUCAGUCCUGCAAGAGUUUGCCCCAAGCUGGAAAACAUGAAUGCUGAGCUGAGGGAAAGACUUGGACAGAUUCAGCGCUCUCUUCGGAACACCUUUAACCCUUCAGAGGUGACGUUUGACCCAGAAACAGCCCAUCCUAACCUCAUUCUCUCAGAGGACUUGAAGACUGUGACUUUCAGCACUGUGAAACAACCCUACCCAACAUCUCCUCAGAGGUUCAUGAGCUUCUUUCAGGUCCUCAGCAUCCAGAGUUUCUCUGAAGGCGAUCAUACCUGGGAGGUGGAGCUUGAAGGCUCUCCGUGGAUCAUUGGUAUUUGCUACGCGGGGAAGCUUGAGCGUAUCGGCCUACCAUCCGCUCUGGAAAGCAGCCGGAGCUCCUGGUGUCUGAUGUGGUUCAACAACCUGCUGACAGCCUUUGAGCAGAGUCACAGUGUGCCGCUGAAGAAGACCACAGUGUCCCGCAGGCUAGAGAUCAGGCUGAGCUUCAAGACCCACAGACUGAGCUUCUACAACAUCAGUGCCACCAGUGGGAAGACUCAUAUAUACACGUUUAAGGCUAACCUGAUUGAACCGGUGCACCUGGCCUACAGGAUGAUGUCAGGGCACCCCAAGGCCCGUGUCACUAUUUAUUCAUAAUCAGAAAUAAUUAAUUUAUCGAAAUGGCUGCAUGUGAGAAAGAGCUAAUAAUCACAUUUAAAAUGUCAAUGAUUUGUAUGAUGAAAGAAUUUUGCCUUGUACUCAAAACCUUAUGUUUAACUAGGUUGGAUUCUCAAGUCUAUGAAGGCAUAGAGACUAAACUGACUUAAUCACUCACUGCAGUAUGUCUGAAGACCUGUGCACAAAUAGUGUUCAAAAUGAUGGUUGGAGUGGGGUUUUUUUUGUAUUAGUAUCAACUAAUUGAACCCUCUGAAACCCAAAACCCACCAGCAGAUCAGAAAAGUGGCCAAAAUUACACCAUUUAUUAGAGCCAGAACCUCUAAAACAGAAAGAAUGAUCAGAUUUUUGACUUUCAUUAAUGGUCCCUGAACAUAUUAGGUUUGACAUACAGUUAAAAAAAAAUAACACAAAAUUAUAUUUUUUUAUAUUUAAAAUUGUCAUUCAAAAAUUGACAAAAACUAAAAGGUUUGCACCUGAUUGUGUUAAAAAACAAACAAACUGAGAAAUCAUAACUGACACUGCUGUGACCAACAAUCGUGACAAAAAAAAGUCAAACACUUUUUGGCUGAACUGGAGGAGGAGAUGACAAGGAAGACUGAGAGGAAAGUAAAACCUAUUAAUACAAUAAAUGUAGCAUGGUUCAUAAGUUAAACAAUGGAGCAAGUUGUCAGAAAUAGAGGAGCAGGACUUUGUAUUGCAGUUAAAAAUGAGGUACAAAUGAGUGGAAAAAGCAGAAAAUGCCCCAAGCCUCUUAUGGUUCAGGAGGUUAAAAAGAAAAGUGCAGUAAAUAUUGAAAUGUUUCUCUAAUGUUUAUCAUCUUCCAUCUGACAAAUAAACACCUUACAAAAUG